AUGGGAGGGACCGAGGAGGAGAGUAGCCAGCCGGCGCUGGAUCGACCAUCUCAGUCCUUCCAGCUUCGAAGCUCCAGCAUCAACUCUCUCCGGCUCCGCCGCGUCUUCGACCUUUUCGACUGCGACGGGGACGGGAAGAUAACGACCGCCGAGCUGGGACAGGUCCUCUGCAGGCUUGGCAUGGAGGCAGAAGCUGAAGAGCUCAAGACAACGAUGCAGGCCUUCGUCAAGCCCGGCCAUAACAGCCUCCAGUUCGAUGAUUUCAAGUGCUUCGACGGCUCCCUGGGGGCCUUCGCAUUCGGAGGGCUCGGGGACGAGGAAGUAGUAGACCCAUCGGCGGAGGAGUCGGACCUUACAGAGGCGUUCCGGGUGUUCGACGAGGACGGCGACGGGUUCAUAUCUGCCAAGGAGCUGCAGUCGGUGCUGGGCAAGCUCGGAUUACCGGAUGGAAACAACAUCGCGCGCGUCCACGAGAUGAUCUGUUCAGUCGACACGAACCGCGACGGCCGCGUUGAUUUUCACGAGUUCAAACACAUGAUGCAUAACAUCUCCGCCAGGAGUUCCUGA